UCCAUUCCCCCUCAUCUCUCUCGUAAACAAGCCCACAUCCUUCAUUUUUUUCCAAUCCCGACGAUCUGCUGCUCCGGCGAGCGGUGCCCAGAGUUUUCUGCUGAGGUGAGGAGUGGCCGUUGCGUGCUAGUAACAGAGCCACUCGCUGUUGCGAGCGGUGCCGGAGCUGAGCAGGCUGCAGCCAGCGCUCGUCGCCAAGGGCGCCCGCUGCUGCGAGCGGUGACCGGAGCUGAGCGGGCUGCAGUCACGACAGUGCUGCAACUAGCGCUCGUCCCAUGGCCGCCCACAGCUGGGUUCGCUGCUCUCCAUGGCCACCACAACUCUGCAGAAUCAGAGAAGUUGCAACCGCCGGGGCGCUGUGUCCAGCGAACCGAAGUUGGGACAUAGGUGAGGGCGGCGACCAGCGGCGACCGACGGUGAGGGUGACCGGCGGUGAGGAGGCGAGGCGGUCGGCGCGUGCGGGGGCGUCAGCGCGUGCGAGGCGGGCCUCUCCCUUUCCCGUGCCAGAGGUUAAAGAUAAGAGGUUGGGGACGAAUGGAUCUGACGGCUCGGGGGGCCAGAUCUGACGGCUGGGGUUGGACCGGCCCAACAGUUGGGCCGGCGCACCGGCGCAGAUCGUUGCCCUAAAGAAAAGCAGUCCAAUCCGGGCUCUGUGUCUGAUGAGCCCACGUUAAGGAAACGAAUCCGAGUUCGUGUGGGAUUGCAGGUCAUGUUUCCGUCAUAUAUGUAUGUAUAGUUCGUGCGGGAUUGUUAGAGUAGUCCCAAAAUCCAAUCCGCCGCCGACGACCAUGGGUUGGUCAAUCCCCGCCUCCUCCUUCCAGCCCCCCGCCGUGAUUCGCGCCGGCGCCCGCUACGCCCCCUGGGUUCUCCUCGACAGAAAGGCCUACUUGGCCGUCCGCGACAACGCCACCACCGCCGAAGCCCUCACCAGCACAGGCCGCACCGUCAAGAUCACCUUCUGCCUCGCCGACCCGCCCGCCAUCUCCCACUUCUGCGUCCACGGCCCCGAGUUCCGGCGCGGUGACUUCGCGAGCGAGCCCCUGGUCGUCUUCUCGGCCAAGGAUCUUGUGCUCCUCCGCUUCGCCUUCACUGUCGGCCGCCUCGAGUACUUCGUCUACAAGGCCGGCCGCGGCAAGCCGCCCUCGCUCACGCGGAUUCCUCGUACUCCUCCUGGCACCGCCAACUCGUUACACAAGUGCGUCUUGCCGUUCGACGACGACGAUGGGGGAUUCCUCAUGGCCGAUCUCUUCAUGACGAAGCUCCGCUCAGACUACCAGCUCCAAGUCUUCUCUUCCAAGACGGGCAAGUGGACCAUCACGCCGUUGCGGUUGCAAACAUCUCCCGGGGUCAGGGAAGAGGACCUGCCCGGCCCUCGUCUCGACAAGGCGAUCGCGCUGGGAGGAGGUGCCGUAGGCUGGGUCGACCUCUGGCGCGGCAUUCUCACCUGCAACGUGUUUGACAAGAACCCCGUUCUAAAUUUAAUCCCGAUACCCAAGCUUGCAUACUCUAAUGAGGAACGGAGAGCUGCCCCGCGGCUGGUCCGGGAUAUCACCUGCUGCAAUGGUCGCAUCAAGUUUGUCGAGCAGGAACUUCGGUUCAAAGUGUCUAUUAUUCCUAGAAAGACUCUGGAGGAUAAUGUUGAUAGCUUCGACAUCAUCUUUGAUCCUCGGCCGCUCUCCCACAAGGAGGAGGAUGACCGUGCCAAACUCGUGCUAGCUGCUGUCUGUCUUGGUUGGAAGCUCCGAACAUGUGAUAGGCAUACCACCAGGAACGACGAUUGGCACAAGGGGCACACAGUUGAUAUGGAUGCCAUCUCGGUCGACAACCCUGACCAUGCUAGGUUGCUCCCACAGCUCUGGGAUGCCCAGGCCGGGAAAUCAACUCUGUGGGAUCUGUCUUCAACUUACCCCACCCUAGGCAUUGACGAUGACGACAUUGUUUACAUGAUGACUAAGGUAAAGUUUCAUGAUAACAAGGCAUGGAUGAUCGGUGUCGACCUUGCAAAAAGGGCGGUGGAAGUGCUCAUACCAGUUUCUUCAGAGAGAGUCGGUAAUUUCAAACCGGACAUGAUCCUCGCCUGUGAAUUCUCCGAAUAUCUGAAUGCAACUGCAAGCUCAUCUCAAUAGCGAGGAGAGGCCUGGACCAUCCUCCUGUCUGCACUCUCUGCAAUCAAUGCCCGGAAUCUGUCGACCACCUGCCCAUUUGCACGGGAGAUCCUGUUCUGGUUGUUUAAUCCUAGACUAGAGGCCUCACAUCUCUUUUGCCCCUUGAUACAAUCAGAGAGUGGUGGUCUUCUCUACAUGAUCGUCUGCCACCCAGGAAGAGGAAGGCGAUAAAAGUGGUGAGCAUCACGGGGAUGAGGAAGAUUUUUCUCAAACGUAAUUCACGAGUUUUUCGUAACAAAGCAGAAAUAAUCGACCAUGUGACCAAUUUAGCAAUUGAGGAGAGGUCAAGCUCUGGGAGAAGGCGGGAUUUAGGGAGUAAUUAGAGUUUCUUGGGCAGAUGGCACUUGCCACAUUCAUAUAAUCUUUCUUGUUAUUAGGCUCCUUUUCCAAUCUUAAUGAAAACGACGGACAAUCUACGUUGCCAGUUUCUUGAAAAAAUGUAUUUGCUUCAGGUCAUGUAAUGAUGCAACAAACGUGCACCAAAUGCGGUGCAUAAUUGUCAUCUUUCACCGGACUGUAUCUGAAAACAUUAUGGUACACUGUGAUCAUCUCAGCCUGGAAACAUGUACAGUAUGUCCUCGUCUAAAUGGAAAAUAUGAGGCAUCCAUUGAUUAGAUAAGCCGAGUUGAUCACUCUAUGAUGCAACUGAUAUUUUGCCUCUGUAUGGCCCAUCUAUCAGAUAAUACAUUUAAAUUGGUCUUUAGAUGUUUCGUGC